UUUCAAUUUCCAAACUUUCCAAAUUUCAUAUAAAUUAGAGUAAAAUGAAUUCUAUUUGUACAAUAAUAAAUGUGAGCUGUACAACAACAUGAGUACUUAAAAAUAUUCUGGAGUAUUUUAAAGAUUCAUAAAUACAAUUGCAUAUUGCAGAUCCAGGCUGCAUUCUUUGUCAUGCACAAUAUCAACAGUCAAAUAUAAAUUUAUCGCAAGAAAGUAACAUUAGUUUAAAUUCAAUGAAGUCGCAUUCAAAAAGAUCCCAAGCUAUAUGGUAUCAAUCAGAGUACCAGCCAAGACAUCAUCAACAAGUACAACAAUAUAUACCUAUUAAUACUGAACAAUCAUAUGCAAGCCCUUGGAAUCAAAAUUAUUCAUCAGCAGCAAGUAAUAUCGAAAAAAAUUCAUUGGAGCAUUAUAACAAUGAUUCUGAAACGAGUUUUGAUUACGAGCGAAGCAAAGAGCAAAAUAAUGCUCAAAAAGAAAGAAACAAAGAUGUUGCUAAACGGAAUCAACAAUAUAGUCAAUAUAAUUUAUUUGAGAAAGGAAAUGUAGAUUCAUAUACUUCUGAAGCUAGAGUAAACGGACAGAUCACUUUUGAAUGUUCUCGUAGACCGAUUCGUUGUCCACGAAUUGAUUGCGCCAUAAACGUAGCCUUUUCAGCGUUAACGCAUCACUUCAUUUUUGAUCAUCCGGAAGUACCUAUUUUAAGCGUAGAACCAGGAAUUAAAAGUACACUUGUCGUCAGUUUCAGUGCUUUAUCUCCUGAUUCCAGCCGAUGUUUAGCUCUUCUUUUAGUCUCUGGUAAACUCUCGUAAGUAUAAGUAAUUGUAUCAAGAUAUUUUAUAAAUUAUAAAAAUCUAGCAAUUAAUUAACAUUCGUGCGCUAAGAGAUCCUGUUGCAAGACUGUUUAAUGGUAAUCAAAUGAAUCCAAAAUUCCGAAAUCGUCUGCCAUUAUCAGUAUUAGCUGCUCGAUUACA